AUGAACAAUUGGAGCCACAACACUACUUUGGGAUUUGACAUUUGGACCCGCGAGCAAAGUCUGUUCCCCGAAGACCUCCAUGACGACGACGACGACGACGACGGCAUGCCCCUGCAAGUGCCGUCUGUGCGUGUGGCCAAGACCAGGAAUUCUUGCUUUGCAUCCUUUGCAUCCUUUGCAGAGCGUGACUUUGUUGCCGACGAGUCUUCGGAGAGUGAGGACGACGACAGCAACAACAGCCAUCCCAAAAACAAUAAUAAUCGAGACCGGACUCCACAAAUGCCACUCCGAACCAAGAGCUUCAAAAAGCCCCGCCGUCGCUCCGCCAACGAACGGCUUGCAGCUGCCAACAACGCCACCAAAUGGACCACCACCGACGGUAGCGCCCCACCGCGCAAACCUCUUCGUAACUCGACGUUUCACGAGCCCCAAGUCGUCCUUACUUCUGCCUACUCACAAAAAAUGAAGAGUGCCUCCAAGAAAAACACUGUGGGACGUCGCUUGUCGACUACUAGUAGCAAGUUGACUCCGAUUCCUGCCCGGGAUCCAUCGUUGUUGAAGUCCCCCAAGAGCAUUUUGAUUAUCGACCUGCCUUUUGAUUGUACUACCCGUGCAACGCCAACCAGGCACUUGUGA